UACUAUGAAGUAGCUUGUUAGCUGUCAACAAACUAAGGUGGCUACAUUUCGACAUUUUGGACUAUUUUCACACUCAAAGGGCAACAUGCAUUGAUACUAAGAUUUGAGAGAUGUUCCAUAUUUUUUGAAGAGUGUUUUAGACCGAAGAGGAAUUCCCAGUAUUGUGUUGUUGACUUACUAGCUCGGUAGCUGGCUAAGUUAGCUAGAAAGGAUAUUGAAUUUAACUGGCUAAGGAGUUACUUCAGCUCCAGUAGCUCCCCAGUCUGUUAUUUAUUUAUUUUUUUUACCGAAGGUGGCAGGCACCGAAACAGUCGUUUGGACAGUUUGGUGCGUCCUGAAGUUCCUGCCAUGGCUGACAGCAGCAUAGUGACUUUAGGAACAGCCAGGAGUCUCUUAGUGGAUUCUUCAGUCUAUGAUUCGAGGAUUGCCGAAACCACGAAGGACCAUGUAUUUCUGGGGAUGGCAUGUGAAGACGGGGAAGAUAUGCUGCCAAAAGUGGAGACAAGAGUUGUUCUGGUGGGAGAUGCAGGCAGAAAUGAAGCGCUGGUGAAAGCACUGCAGGGCAUCAGAGUAAUGGAGGUACCAGUGGUAAAGAUAAGAGAAGGCGAGGCGGGUGCCGAGGAGAAAAUGAUGAUAAAAUCUAUAGUCAAUAUGGACAUCAACACCCCAUGCAUAAUUACAGACAACGUCCAGGAGUUUGGAGAUGGAGAGAAUACUGAUUUCGAGACAGUGUUCGUCCUCACAGACUUUGAUUCUCCUGACUACAGCUACCUCUACAAACGUGACAACCGCAUUAUUGGACCUCCUGUUGUGCUGCACUGUGCUACGAAGGAGGAACCUCUACAGUUUUCCUGUCGUCCACUCUACUCCACAACAAUGCUUAACCUGUCGCUGUGUUUCACUGGCUUCAGGAACAAAGAGGAAAUGAAGAACUUGGUGAAUCUGGUUCAUCACAUGGGUGGGACCAUCCGGAAGGACUUCAGCACUAAAGUUACUCAUCUCAUUGCCUACUCUACUCACGGCGAGAAGUACAGGCUGGCGGUGUGCAUGGGGACGCCCAUCCUAACUCCAUCAUGGAUUCAUAAGGCCUGGGAACGAAGAGAUGACACGUCGUUACACGCAGGAGAAGAGGAGUUUCGAUCAGAGUUCAAAGUGCCUCCGUUCCAGGACUGCGUCCUCAGUUUUCUGGGCUUCUCAGAUGAAGAGAAGGCCAACAUGGAGGAGAGGACUCUCAAACACGGUGGCACUUAUCUUGAGGUUGGAGAUGAAAGGUGUACACACAUGGUGGUGGAGGAAAACUCAGUAAAGGAGCUGCCAUUUUCUCCAACCAAGAAGCUCUUUGCGGUCAAACAGGAGUGGUUCUGGGGAAGCAUUCAGAUGGAUGCUCGGGCUGGAGAGUCUAUGUACCUCUAUGAGAAGAACGACAGCCCCGCCAUGAAGAAGGCAGUGUCCCUCCUGUCCCUCACCACCCCCAACAGUAACCGUAAGCGUCGGCGUCUGAGGGACACACUGGCUCAGCUCACCAAAGAGACGGAGAUCUCCCCUUUCCCUCCACCACGCAAAAGGCCGUCAGCAGAGCACACCUUGUCCAUGGGUUCACUGCUGGACAUCUCCAACACCCCUGAGACAUGCAAGGCCUUAGCAGAGAGUUCGAAGCCAUCCAAGAGUUCAACUCCAGUUCUCUCCAAGCAGUCAGCCAGGUGGCAGGUCUCCAAGGAACUCUACCAAACUGAGAGCAACUAUGUAGACAUUUUAAGCACCAUCCUACAGCUUUUCAAGCUUCCGUUGGAAAAAGAGGGGCAGGUGGGCGGACCCAUCCUGGCCCAAGAAGAAAUGAAGACGAUAUUUGGCAGCAUACCAGAAAUCUAUGAGGUUCAUACCAGAAUAAAGGGUGACCUUGAGGAGCUCCUGUCUGACUGGUCAGAGGACAGGAGUGUAGGAGACAUCAUUCUCAAAUAUUCUAAAGAGUUGGUGAAGGCUUACCCACCCUUUGUCAAUUUUUUUGAAAUGAGCAAGGAGACUAUUGUUCGGUGCGAGAAACAAAAACCACGCUUCCACGCUUUUCUCAAGAUCAACCAGGCCAAGCCAGAGUGCGGCAGGCAGACACUGGUGGAGCUGCUCAUUAGACCUGUACAGAGAUUGCCUAGUGUGGCCCUUCUUCUUAACGACAUAAAGAAGCAUACGUCAGAUGACAACCCAGACAAGAUAACACUGGAGAAAGCAAUUGAGUCUCUGAAAGAAGUCAUGACUCACAUCAACGAGGACAAGAGGAAGACUGAAGGCCAGAAGCAGAUUUUUGAUGUUGUUUAUGAAGUGGACGGCUGUCCUGCCAACUUGCUGUCCUCUCAUCGCAGUCUGGUUUACCGAGUAGAAACAAUCGCCCUGGGAGAUCAGCCAUGUGACCGUGGGGAACAUGUCACACUCUUCCUCUUCAAUGACUGCCUUGAGAUUGCAAGGAAGCGACACAAGGUGAUCAAUACAUUCAAGAGUCCGCUAGGACAGACGAGACCACCACCGCCGCUCAAACACAUUGCGCUGAUGCCGCUGUCCCAGAUUCGGAGAGUUCUGGACCUGCAGGAUACAGAGGAGUGUGUGAAUGCAUUUGCCUUGGUGGUUCGCCCUCCAACUGAACAGGAGAACUUGUUGUUCAGCUUCCAACUGGCCGGAGAGGAAACAGUUAAAAGCACCUGGCUGCGAACACUUUGCCGCCACGUCGCCAACACCAUCUGCAGGGCUGAUGCGGAGGAUCUGAUUCAGUGUACAGACCCAGACUCACUUCAGGUCAGCACCAAAGACAUGGACAGCACCCUAAGCAAAGCCUCCAGGGCCAUCAAGAAGACCUCUAAAAAGGUGACGAGGGCUUUUUCUUUCACCAAGACUCCGAAGCGUGUGAUCCAGAGGGCGUUCAUGGCCAACGGUACUCCGGAUGAGAAAAGCCAGAGGCUGAGCUGUGAAAACCGUAUCUGCAGCAGCUCCACGCUGGCUGCACACCAUUCCCCCUCCAUGGUCAAUCUGCCUUCCAUGUUUGAGAGGAAGUACCACACAUUCAGCCGCUCGACCACGCACCUCUUCUGAGACGCUGCUGCCUGGGAGCACCAGCAGGGGUCAACCCAUGUUUUCACCCGCUUUGCCUUGACUGCCACGAACAGCAAGAUCUGACCAGACAGGUGCAUGUAUAUAAAGUUGAAGCUACCUAUAAGGUGUGGCAAACUAGUAUUUGUACAUGCUGAAAUGGCAUUCAGCCACAUUUUGAAAAUGCACUGAAGUUAGGGGCAUACUUCAGUCUGAUAUGUGGCAGUAUCAGAACUGUCCACGUGCUUCCAAGCUGGGUUCAAACAAUAAACCAAUUGUUCUUUAACCUGAUGCCUAUCAUGACAUGUGUUCAGCUAAUGUCUGCGCUGAGAACUCACAAGGAAAAUAUAUCUUUGUUGAUCUGACAAGGCUUGUUGGUGCAUCUCUCCAAACAUGCUUGAAUUAAGACUGCAUCACGCGGCUCUAACAGGAACGGUACUGCGCCAUGCUAGGGGCUGUCGGUGUGUGACUAGCACUGGUUCUGGUAAGGUUUGCCUUACCCUUAAAAAAUGAAGGAUGCUCUGCUUUUUGUCUGCAGCUGUUAAUGGAUUAUCUUGACAUGAUUGAUUUUUUUGUCACUUGUUACACUUUGUGUUUAUACAUUUCAUGUUCCUUCCUGGUUAUUUACCGUUAUUGUUCACUGAAGUGCCGACACUAAGUAUAGACCAAGUAAAUCUUUCUUCUGUUGUAAUGGGAAGUUCAUGCCAUCCCCAAAUGUCCCUGGAGAAUAGUUUUAUUUCACUGUGCUUUGGGAAAGUAAAUUAACAUGAAACCUUCCAUAUUGAGAUUUCUAUUGAACAAAUGCAGGUAGUUAAGCUCUCUGUGUGUUUUAUGUGCUAGUAAACUUACCAGGUUCACUCUCUACCCUUUACCUUGUUGUGGCUCUUUUUUAAUUAACUUACUCGGGGAGAGACUCUUAAGAUUAACUGACAUUUGAUGUUCUUUUAUUGUAGUGGAGUAGACUUUCAUCUGAUAUAAUGACAUUGUAAUUAACCCAACUUCAGAAUGUAAACUCAUGAUAGCGCCAGCUUUUAUAAAGCUUCUAGUUUAACAUUUAAGAGAUUCAGCUGAGAAGAAUAAACACACGUAUGUUCUUCUUCUUCUUCCCUGUACGCCCGUCCUCAUUUUAAAAGAUCUUUUUAGAAUAUGUCUAUUCCCCUGUGUCUGUAUCUGUGUAUGUUUAAGAAGGGAGGCUGCAUCAGUGUACAUAUUUAUUCUUAAUUAAUGCCUUUUAUACGUUUCCUUUUUUCUCUUUGCUAUUUAUGUUUUUUUCCACUCUUACGUCUGACACUUCUCUCAUGCUGAUUUCAUUAAGCCUCAGUCGUCUCCUGUCGUUUCAACUCUGUAUUAAAUGCACUUAAACAUGUACCUGAAGAUUGAAGCAUUUUUUUUUUUCAUUCCUUUGUAUGUGUCUUGUAAUCACCACAACAUUAUAAACAUAUUCACCCCAUUCAUUUGUAUGGGCUGCUGACUAAUUAUAUAAAGUCAU